UUAGUGGAUCACGGACAUCUUUUGAUUGGUAGAAGAAGAAGAAGAAGAAGAAGAAGGAACGCGACUGGGAGGAAGCAGGCGGGACGACACCAUCAAGCAGAAGCGCCCCUGCCGCCGUCCUCGCCGUUCCGGUAACGUUUGCCAAAUUUCCCGAGGAUGUGUGACCUGACGACAUGCCUGAAAUGUUACGCCGUCAUCAUGAUUAUUGUGUCGGGCUACCAUUUGAUCAAAGCCAUCAUAGACGGCAUGUUCUCAGACGUGCCUGUUCUCGUGGUGGCGAUUAUACAUGCUAUCCAUCUGGUACUGCACAUCAUGCUUUUGAAGGGCGUCGUUUCUAGGAGAAGGAAGCUGCUUCGCAUAUUCAUGAUCUACAUCCUGGUGCAUAUAAUUUUGGUCAUCGUCAUAAUAGUCCUGGAAGUCAUGAUCAUAAACAAAGGGAGACAUCCGGAACAAGGGAAACAACACGACGACGAAAAAGAUGUCCGGACCAUGCUGUAUGUGACCACGGGUGUGUCAAACGCCGUCAAUAUAAUAGUAGACUUGAUUAUCUACUUUUGCGUCAAACGCUAUCAUGACGCCUGUCCGCCAGGAAGCUAAAGUGUGACGACAGAUGUUGGACGUAAAGUAGGACGGCUGCCUGCCUUUCCUACAGCAGUUGCCUGCUUCUAAUACAGCGGAAUCAUGCUGGGCGCUAUUAGCCAAAAUGACAAUACAUGAAUACAGUUUA